ACUGGAUAAACUGCAGGGACAAAGGUCUUAUCAUGAUAUCAGAUUCCUCGGAUGAAGAAUUACCUUUGUUGCUGGAAACACCAGCCGAGCAGCAGCAUGAGGAAGAUGACGAUGAUGUAGUCAUCUUGGCAGAGACCCCAAAGCAUCACCAGCUUCUGCGUCCCAAUGUCAUCAGACCUGCUGCUCAGUGGCAGGGUGCAAACACUGUGGGGGAAGGAGGAUCUGAAAGUGCUGUCGAGCCCUUCAGGAGCGUGUAUCUGCAAGAUGGGAACUCAGCUCCACUGUGCCGAGGAGACCAGUAUAAUCACAUGGUGGAGAGCAGUGCUGGACCAAGCAGGGAUGAGAUGAACUUUGCCUUGCAGCAGCCUGGACCAUCUGAACUUAAUGGCCCCAGGUUUGAACUUCCUGGUAACCAGGAGCCUGGCCUGAGUUUGCUUCCAGCAAUAAAGAUGAGUGCACAGCCUGUUGUUAACAGAGAAAUCAUUCGUCUGGAGAGUGCAGACCUUCCCCUACAACAGGAAGAGAAGGUAGAAGCCCAGGGAUGGCAAGGAGAAAACUUGGAGCCAGAGCAAAACCUCGGAGGAACAACUGCUGCAACCACCCCAGCCCAGGAGAUCCACGAGAACAGCCGGCUGGUUCACCCAUCCUUCCAGCCGUUGGAAGGAGAGUCCCGUGCUGUAGAAAAUGGUUGCGCUCCUCAGCAAGGGCAGCCCAAAGCAGACUCAGGGUCUUUGAGGGCAUAUGGAGAGGAGGCUCCUGGGCCAGCCUUCCCCCGACCUGAGCCACAGCAGGAUGGGAUUCCAGGUCCCGCUUCGCCCCAGCCGGCACAUCCACCGGAAGAAAUGGGUCAGCAGGCCGCGAUAGACAAUGAGCAGCCAGGCCCAGCAUUCCCUGCACAGGGCUCUCAUGAACUCGGCUCUAGCAGUGUGCCAGAGCAAGGAGCUGCUGGGCAGGACCAGGACCUCACUGCGCUGCUCAUCAGAGAGACCGAAGCAAGAUUCCCAGAUGUGAAGAAGGAAUAUAUUGAAGAGCUAAUCAGCAUAAAGAACUGCUAUGACUUAAAUGUACUUUGUAACUUACUUCUGGAAAAUCCAGAUUACCCAAAGAAGGAAGGCAGAGUGGUUUUAAAUCCCAGCAGCAGUCUGCUUGCCAGCCAAGAUGAGACAAAGGUGCCUAAAGUGGACUACUUUGACUUUUCCAAACUCGCCCCACUUGACCAGCGGUGCUUUAUUCAGGCAGCUGACCUCCUUAUGGCAGACUUCAAAAUGCUGAGCAGCCAAGACAUUAAGUGGGCACUACAUGAACUCAAGGGACACUAUGCAAUCACACGAAAGGCCUUUUCAGAUGCCAUCAAAAAAUGGCAGGAGCUGUCUCCCGAAACCAGUGGGAAGCGAAAAAGGAGGAAAGAAAUGAAUCAGUAUUCAUACAUAGACUUCAAAUUUGAGCAAGGGGAUGUGAAAAUUGAGAAGCGCAUGUUCCUCCUGGAGAACAAGAGGCGGCACUGGAGAUCCUAUGACAAGCGCUCCCUACUCCCACCGGUGCUGCUGGAGCAGGAAUUCUAUGAGCAGAAAGUUAAAGAGAUGGCAGAGCACGCAGACUUUCUCCUUGCUCUGCACAUGAAUGAGGAGCAGUAUCAGAAGGAUGGUCAGAUGAUAGAGUGCCGCUGUUGUUACGGGGAGUUUGCGUUUGAAGAGCUAACUCAGUGUGCGGAUGGUCACUUGUUCUGCAAGGAGUGCCUAAUCAAAUAUGCUCAGGAGGCAGUCUUUGGCUCUGGGAAGUCGGAGCUCAGCUGCAUGGAAGGCAGUUGCACGUGUUCAUUCCCCACCAGCGAGCUGGAGAAGGUGCUUCCGGAGAACAUCCUCUGUAAAUACUAUGAGCGGAAAGCUGAGGAGGAGGUGGCAGCUGCCUGUGCAGAUGAGCUUGUCAGGUGUCCGUUCUGUAACUUCCCAGCUCUACUGGACAACGAUGUGAAGCAAAAACCUAAUCCCCGCUGCAGAAAGGAAACCUGUCGGAAGUGCCAGGGGCUGUGGAAGGAGCACAUGAACCUCACCUGCGAGCAGCUGGCUGAGAAGGAUGACAUCAAAUACAGGACGUCCAUAGAAGAGAAAAUGACAGCUGCCCGAAUUAGAAAAUGCCACAAGUGUGGGACUGGCCUAAUUAAAUCGGAGGGUUGCAACCGCAUGUCCUGCCGCUGCGGCGCUCAGAUGUGCUACCUCUGCCGGGCUGCCAUCAACGGCUACGACCACUUCUGCCAACACCCCCGGUCGCCCGGGGCUCCCUGCCAGGCCUGUGCAAAGUGCUCUCUCUGGACAGACCCCACAGUAAAUGACGAGAAGAUAAUCCAGGAGAUUCAGAAGGAAGCCGAAGAGGAACAAAGGAAGAAGAAUGGAGAAAACAGCUUCAAGCGGAUCGGCCCUCCCGCAGAAAAACCCGCCGAGAAAAUCCAGAGGAUUGAAGUCAUCCCCAGACCUGUUCCUCAGAAUCUCCAUCAACCCCGGAUGCCCCCUUACCCCUUUGUGCACCCUCCCUUCCCGCUCCCUCCUGUCCGUCCCAUGUACAACAACAUCCCCCUCAACAUCGGCCCCAUCCCUGCCCCCUACGUCCCCCCGUUACCGAACAUGAGGGUGAAUUACGAUUUUCCCCAGAUCAACGUGCAGCUGGAGCGCAACUUACCUAUGCACUUUGGUCCUCAGCCUCGCCACCGGUUCUGA